GUCCUAUUCAACGACUGUGAAUGACCAAAUCGUGGCCAGAAAGGACAGGCGACAACAAAGACUGGAGGCACUGAUCGAGAGGAGGGAAUAUUACCAGCGAAGGGUAGAUGAAGCAACGGAGUUGAACACCAAAUGGAAAAAGGCCUGGGCUGGCGUGACUGAUGACAGUGUGGCAAAGCCCCGAGACAUGACAUGGAUGACAUUCUUCGAGACUUUGGCUGACAUCAAAGCGGAUUCGGUUCCAGUCAUGUUUCAUUGCACGGACGCCAAGAUGCCCAAGAGCAACAUGUUGAUGGCAUUGGCGGUGCAUGUUAGUAGCAUCCAGACCAACUUGGACAAAGAUUCGAAGAUUCUCCAAAACAUUAUUCAGAGUGAUGAGGCAUGCCGCAGAGCCGAAGUGCGCAUUGAAGAGAGAUCCCAGAAGAAGCUGAAGAACCUGGUGGAUACUGAACGCAUGGAGCAAGCAGCUGCAGAUAGCAAGACUUUCGGAUGCAAAAAGAUUGCUAGCUUUGGCAGCCAGGACCAGUGUAUGUAG